UUUAAAAAGAUUCUUUUUAAGUAGAACACUUGAAGGCUACUGCAGCUGAUAAAUGAACACUGCCAGCAGGGACAGUCCUGAUGUAACGGUUGGCUGUUCCACUGCAAUUCUUUGUGGCAAUGGGGGCAUGCUUGUGUAAUAUUUCAACAAUAUAAUACACAGGGAAUAACAAAUAUAAUCAUGACCAUAUUGUUCAGUCUGUUUUAUGUUUCUGAAUAAUUGAGAGACCUGAGUGACAGGCACAAAUUUCCCAACAAUAGAUUUGAUUGAAGUGUAAGAGCAUGCUGGGACCUCCUAAAAAUCUGCUCUAAGUUAUCCUCAUACACCAGAUGGCCAAACAGAUGGACAAAAGUAGACUACUGUAUGGAAAUAAGACUUACUCUCAUGGGCCGCAUGGUGACACAGCUGGUAGUGUUGCCACCUCACAGCUCCAGGGUCCCUGGUUUCAUCCUAAGCUUGGGAGACUGAGUGGCAUUUCGUAUGUUCACCCUGUGUCCGUCUGGGUUUUCUGCAGGUUCUCCAGUUUCCCCCCAUUGUCCAAAAACAAUGGAUACAAUGGACUAACAUCCAAUCCAGGGUAAAUUCUUCUGCCUUGCGUCCAGUCUGGGGAUAGGCUCCAGUUCCGUUUGACCCUGAUCAAAAUAAAUGAAGGUUAAUGAACAUGAAUGCAGGAAUGAAUCACGCACACACACAUUCUACACAGGGUAAUGGGGAGCCUGGAUCCUAUCCCAGGGAAAUUGGGGCACAAAGUGGGGGACGCCCUGGACAGGUUGCCAACCCUUUCCCAGGGCACAAUCUCACACACACAUUCACACACUCAUUUACACACUACAGACGAUUUGGAAACGCCAGUUGGCUUACAAUGCACUUUAGACUGGGGGAGGACACCAGAGUACCAAGAGGUAACCCCUGAAGCACAGGGAGAAUAUGCAAACUCCGUGCACAAAGGGCAGAGGAGGGAAUCGAACCCCCAACCCCGGAGGUGUGAGUCAAACCACUAAAACCACCAUGCCCCCCAGCAUUUUUACAUUGUUAUUUCUUUGGCAAAUUGUUAUUUCUUUGUCAUUUCUCAUUAUCAUUUAUUUCAAUUUGUUAUUAUUACAAAGCAUUAUUAUAAUAAAGUCUUAUUAUUUUAGCAGUAGAAAAUGUUUAAAAAGGCAGCAUUCUCUUUUCUACCACCCUUUAUGGUGAUAUUAUUUUUUUAUGCUUUUGGAUGGAAACAUAACCUAAACUUGGCAAGGACAGAAAAUGAUUGACAGCCGAUUUUAAUCUGUGAUUGGCCAGCGCAGAAUGUGACUGACUACCAGCAGUUAGGUGACUGUUAUAAGCAAUCAAAGUCCCGCCCACGGCUUUCUUUUCCAGCCUGACCCUGCAGCAUUCCUGUACUCACUCCAAGCAGAAGCCGAGCAGCGUACUGCGCAUGCGCAUCAUGGUUCCCGUAAUAGCCCAGCUGCGCCCUCUGGCGUCGACAAGCACGGCAGCGUCUCAGUUUCUCAGCGGCAGCUUUUAAAACCACAGCAGCGUCUUAUUGAUCAUAAAGAGGCUUCCGGAGUUCCCGACUCUGAGGGUUUUGUUUUUUUUCUUUUCCCAACAGUACACACGUUAAACCCAUUCCCACUACUUCACAUCCGGACCCGAACAGCGCUGUGAAUAUGGACUAAAUCAAGAAUGCAGCACGCUUGGGAAUUCAUUAUUAUUUUACAUCUUAAUGUCAUCGUUUCUGAAGCACAGCCUGCAUCCUCAAUGCCUCAUGAUGGAUGGUGGGCUUAUAAAGAAGUCAUAGAAGGAAGUUUUAUUCCAGUUCCCUCUUUUUGGGGAUUGGUGAACUCUGCAUGGAAACUUUGCUCGGUUGGGAAAAGACAGUCGCCGGUGAACAUUGAGACCCGCCGUUUGACUUUUGACCCCUUCCUUACCCCCCUACGUAUCACAGGAGGACGAAAGAUCAGUGGUGUGAUGUAUAAUACAGGGCGUCAUGUGAUCCUGCGUGUGGAUGGCUCUAAGCGUGUGUGUGUGUCUGGUGGUCCCCUGAGUUACACGUACACACUGCAGGAGAUCAGACUGCAUUUCGGCAGCGAUGACACACACGGCUCAGAGCACCUGAUCAACGGUAAUGCCUUUCCUGGAGAGGUGCAGUUAAUCCACUAUAAUCAGGAUUUAUAUUUAAACUACAGUGAAGCAGAGAAGAGCCCGCACGGUGUCGCCAUUAUCUCUAUCUUCAUGAAGAUAUCAGAGCCCACUAAUCCAUUUCUCCUCCGGAUGCUGAGCAGAGAAAUUAUCACUAGAAUAACGUACAAACAAGAUGCAUACGAACUUGCGGGAUUGGAUCUGGAGGAACUGUAUCCUGAGACAUGGCGCUUUAUAACAUAUGAAGGCUCGCUGACGGUGCCACCAUGUCUUGAAACGGUCACGUGGAUCUUGAUGAAUAAACCUGUCUACGUCUCACAAAUUGAGCUGCAGUCUCUGCGACUCCUCAGUCAAAAUGCAGUGUCUCAGAUCUUCCUCAGUUUAAGUGAUAACUAUCGGCCGCAGCAGAGCCUAAAUCAGCGCUGCAUACACACCAACAUCAAUGUCAAUACGCACACACACCAGUGUGCUAAUACACUCAGGACACACUACAGGGUCAAUGAGUGGCUACUGAAAUAAACCUGUGAUAAACAGUGUGUGUGUCUUCUGCAAAGAGACAAAGGAGAGAUGACUGAAGACACGGCCAUAUUAUUUUACUGUGUAUUAUGAUUAAAUAAAGGCAGUUUGGGAGGGAAUGCUCUGUGUGUGUCUGAAUCACUAUUAUCUCCACUUUAUAUAAAGGACACAAGAUAUACUCAGCCAUCAUUGUGAAUUAUUAUAUAGUGUAUGUGGCUUUCUUACAACACGCCCUAUUGCACUUAAUGUAUUUGUGGUAAUAAACUAAAAUAGACGUUUAUCGUCGUGUGUAAAAGUAUUCUGUAUGGUGUUCUGGGUUGCAUCUCCCUAAUGCUUAGAAGAAACCUUUAUAUGUCACACAUGCAUUACAGUACAGUGAAUUCUUUUCUUUGCUUACCCCAGCUUGUUAGGAGAGCAGGGAGAGCCGUGAUACAGCAUCCCUGGGGCAGAUAGUGUUUAGGGCCUUGCUCAAGGGUCCAACAGUGGCAGCUUGGCUGGGGCUUGAAGCCCUGACCUUCUGACCCAGUAACUUAGAACCUUUAACCGCUGAAUGCAGUAAGCAUACAUAAUAAUAACAAGUAGAAUUACUCAAUGUGUCUAUUAUUAAUGUACAGUAUGUGUGUGCAAAGUUGAAGACAUACAUACAAUUGCACUUGUGUUACAAUCUCACUCUCCUCAUUAGCUUGCUAUGAUCACACCAUAAUACCCAUGUGUCUUCUGCAUGUGUCUUCUAGGAUACAUCCCAGUCCCUACCAUUGUUCAGGGGAA